ACCGCACCCUGAUUCAAAUGAAGGGAUUGGGACGCGCGCGGCGAGGUACAACGACGGUUACCUCCUCCCACGAUCGCGCUCCCUUCUUCCGAGCACAAACCCCUCAAACCCCCCCCCCUCUCCCUCGCUCGUCGACUCACUACUGUGCUCUCCCUUCGCCGGCCCCCCAAAUGCCUCCUCUCGCCCCUCUUUCCUUCUUCCUCCUCCGCCUCCUCCUCCUCGUACUCUCCUCCCUCCCCUCGCCCCUCGCCGUCGAGAUCCUCGCCAAGUCCCGCCUCGAGACCUGCGCCAAAGUCUCCGGUUCCGACGACCUCACCUGCGGCAGAAAAAUCGUCGUCGACAUGGCCGUCCCCAGCGGAUCCAGCGGUGGAGAGGCUUCGAUCGUCGCGGAACUGGUGGAGGUGGAGGAGAAUGACACGCAGAAGAUGCAGACCAUACGGUCGCCGCCGGUCAUCACGAUCAAUAAGUCGGCUGCGUAUGCACUCUACGAAUUGAUGUACAUAAGGGAUGUGUCUUAUAAACCCGAGGAAUUCUAUGUCAAAACGCAUAAAUGUGAACCAGAUGCCAGUGCAAAAGUUGUUGAAAUUUGCGAAAGGUUGCGGGACCAAAAUGGCCAUAUUAUUGAGCAUACACAGCCAAUUUGUUGUCCGUGUGGGCCUCAAAGACGUGUUCCUUCUUCUUGUGGAAACUUUUUCGACAAAUUGGUGAAAGGGAAGGCAAAUACUGCUCACUGUCUACGGUUUCCAGGUGAUUGGUUUCAUGUUUUUGGUAUUGGAAGAAGGUCACUUGGAUUUAGCGUCAAGAUACAAGUGAAGAAAGGAUCUUCUUUAUCGGAGGUCGUUGUGGGUCCUGAAAACAGAACAGUACUUUCUAGUGAUAACUUCUUGAGAGUAAAUCUUAUUGGUGAUUUUGUUGGCUAUACAAGUAUCCCAUCAUUUGAGGACUUCUAUCUUGUGACUCCUAGAUCGGGUACUGCUGGUCAACCACAAGAACUAGGGAGAAAUUUCUCAAAGUGGAUGCUCUUGGAGAGAGUUCGGUUUACAUUAGAUGGACUUGAAUGCAACAAAAUUGGUGUAGGUUAUGAAGCUUAUAGAGGCCAGCCAAACUUUUGCUCAUCGCCAUUAUGGAGUUGUUUGCAUAAUCAACUUUGGCAUUUUUGGGAAGCUGAUCAAAAUAGGAUAAGCAGGAACCAACCACCACAGUAUGUCGUGGAAGGACGGUUUGAAAGAAUCAACCAACAUCCGAGUGCAGGAAGCCAUUCAUUCUCUGUUGGGAUUACUGAAGUCCUUAAUACUAAUUUACUGAUAGAACUAAGUGCCGAUGAUAUAGAGUAUGUGUACCAAAGGAGUCCUGGGAAGAUUAUUAGCAUUAAUAUCCCUACAUUUGAAGCCUUAACUCAAUUUGGCACUGCUACAAUCAUGACUAAAAACAUUGGUAAACUUGAGGCAUCAUAUAGUUUGACGUUUGACUGCAUGCGUGGUGUUAGUUACGUGGAGGAACAGUUCUUUAUUAUGAAACCAGAUGAGGUUGUUAGUCGAUCGUUCUACUUAUAUCCAACAACAGAUCAAGCUGCAAAAUAUCGAUGUGCAGCAAUUUUAAAAGCCUCGGAUUUUACUGAAGUUGACCGUGCAGAGUGCCAGUUCACUACUACAGCUACCAUUCUUGAUAAUGGAUCACAGAUUGUUCCUGCUGAUGAACCUAAGAAGAAUGGUAUCCAUGCUUUCUUUGAAGCUAUCAAGGGUAUGUGGAACACAAUGUGGGAUGGUGUGAUCGACUUCUUUACUGGUAAAGCAUGUAGGAGUAAAUGUGCGAGCUUUUUCGACUUUAGUUGCCACAUGCAUUAUGUAUGUAUGAACUGGAUAUUGAUGUUCGGAUUACUCCUAGCAAUACUACCAACAGUGAUAGUUCUUUUAUGGCUUCUACAUCAGAAGGGCUUCUUCGAUCCACUCUAUGAUUGGUUGGAAGAUCGAUUCGGAACCAAAUAUCGACACGAUCGUAAGUAUUCAAAGCGCAAAAGAGCACUUAAACAUUCUCAUCAUCAUGGAGAUGGUCAUCGCAAGCAUCACAAAGGCACGUCACAUACACUAAAAAGGGGGAAAAAUACUCAUCAUGUGCUCCAUAAACACGACCAUUUUGAGCCGGACCGACACCUCAGACACGAGAAUGCUCUUCGCGUCCACAAAGAGGGUCACAAGCAUAGACAUAGCACGGCCUCAAGUCGUAUGCAACAAAGAGAGAGAUUGAGCAGGCAUGGAACAUUUUUGAGGGAGAUUGAAGUCAUGGAGCACGAAACAAGUAAGCAGCACAACAAGAAGAAAAUAGGGCACAAGCAUAGUCAUGAUUAGCACGCACGGAGACUACUCAAAAUCAUCAUGGUAAAGAGUAGCAAAGUUUGAUGGGAUAUUGUGUGUUUCCUUCUGUAUCUCAGUCUUUGCUUUUUGUUGUUUUGUAAAUGUGAGAGCGUAGUAGUGCUUUAGAAAUAGGCGAAAGUUAGGGUUAUUUAUUGUGCCUUUUUAAUCGUGAUCGUAGAUUCAUUUAUUAAGGUCUGCAGCAUUAUUGGUGGAUGCAGAUUGUCUUUGACAUUGAUGUCAAUAGCAUGUUAUUAGAUUCACCAUAGAGGGAUAAAAAAAGAAUUAAGGGAUGAUUGCUGCCAUCUGAAUAUCA